AUGGGUAAUAAAGGUUACGUUUCCGGGGAUGGUUCCCAGGCGCAGGCUCAAGGAUAUUUAAAAAAUGCUGGCCAAAAAGACACCGAAGCUGAAGUAAUCCAAGGAUCAUAUUCCUACACUGCACCAGAUGGUACUCCCAUUACUGUCAACUGGGUAGCUGAUGAAAACGGAUUCAGAGCUGAAGGAGCUCAUCUUCCAACUCCACCUCCAAUUCCGCAAGAAAUUCAAAGGUCGUUAGAUCUUAUUGCAAGGCAACCAAUUCAAAGCCAGUACCCCGAGCAAUACAGACAGACAAGCUUUCCCAAGCAAAACACUUAUCAGACGCAGCGACAGUUCCGCUUUUAA